AUGGGCCGCCCAGUCCUCCUCCUUUGGCUGCUGCUCUUCCAGACUGUUAUUCUACAAGAAACAGUUUAUUCCAAGGGGGAUGGCAGUGGAUCCAGAGAAAACCUGUGGAAGAGACUGUCUAAGAGAAGCUCCAUGCUGGGCACACCUGCGGAGCAGAGAGAUGACUGGCUCGCUGUGCAGCUCGUGGAAGGUUAGGGAAGGUGCUUUGGCCGCAUCGAGGUGUAUUUUGAAGGCGUGUGGUGCACGGUGUGUGACGACGUGUGGUGCACGGUGUGUGACGACCUGUGGUGCGAGAGUGACCCGCAGGUGGUGUGCACGCUGGGCUGCGGGGCGGCCGUCUCGGCGCCCGGAGGGGCCCGCUUCGGGGGCGCCGGCCCCAUUCUUCUGGACCAGGGGCGGUGUUCUGGGGUGCAGUCGUCCCUGGCGCAGUGCUCCCACGCCGGCUGGCUCAUUCUCAACUGUGCGCCCGGGGAAGACGCCGGCGUCAUCUGCUCCGACUGGCUGCAAUUGCAGCUGGUGAAUGGGGCAGGCAGAUGUUCUGGAGGUGGGGAGGUUUUCUACCACGGCCAGUGGGGCAGGGUCUGUGAUGACCACUGGGACACACAUGAAGCCGAGGUGGUGUGCCGGCAACUGAGCUGUGGGCAUGCCCUGGCAGCCCCGGUGAAGGCCCACUUUGGGGCAGGGGAAGGCCAGUUUCUGCUGAAUGGUGUGGACUGUACAAGAAGAGAGAGUUUUCUGGGACAGUGUCCCCAUGCCGACUGGUACAUCCGUAACUGCGGUCCCGGAGAAGACGCCAUUGUCAUCUGCUCAGGAGAGUGGCCCAUGCUGAGGCUGGUCAACGGCCCUGGAAGAUGCUCUGGGCGGGUGGAGGUUUCCUACCAGGGCAGCUGGGGGUCGGUGUGCGGCGAGGGCUGGAGUCUGAAGGAGGCGCACGUGGUAUGCAGGCAGCUGGGGUGCGGCUGGGCAGUGUCCACGCCUCCCGGUGCCCACUUUGGCCCAGGCUUCGGGAAGAUUCUCCUGGACAACGUGCACUGCAGCGGCGAGGAGAGCCACCUGGCCCUGUGUGCCCACGACACCUGGUUCACUCGCAGCUGUGGUCACGAGGCAGACGCUGGAGCCAUCUGCUCAGGAGCAGAAGCAUCAUCUCCAUCAUCCUCAGCGUCGUCCGCGUCACCUUGGCCGUUGUCAUCAUGGCCGUCCUCGUCGCCGUCAGCAACGCUGUCGCCAUCAGCACCUCCACUGUCGUCAGUGCCAUCAGGAGCACCUCCAUCAUCACCAGCAGCAGCAAAAACUAGUCUGUCCGGUGCUGGACUGUCAGCUACCAUACCCACAACGGGCCCUCCCAGCCUUCACUCCACCCUCCCGCCAGCAGGGGCCUGGGUGGCUGUGAAGCUGGUGGGCAGUCCGGGGAGAUGCUCAGGCCGCGUGGAAGUUCUGGUCCAGGACACAUGGGGGACCGUGUGUGAUGACCUCUGGGACCUGGCCGAGGCCGCCGUCGUGUGCCGCCAGCUGGAGUGUGGCCAGGCUGUGGCAGCCCCCACGGGGGCCCACUUUGGGGCAGGUUCUGGGAAGAUCGUGCUGGACAACAUGCAGUGUGUGGGCAGCGAGAGCCACCUGGGGCAGUGCGCGCAUGGGGGUGAGGCCGGGCACAACUGCGGGCACCUGGAGGACGCCAGCGUCAUCUGCGCAGGUGAUGAAAGCUGGGCCCCUGUGCGGCUGGCGGGCGGCCAUGGGAGCUGCGCUGGCCGCGUGGAGGUUUUCUACGAGGGAGCCUGGGGGACAGUGUGUGACAACCUCUGGGACCUGCCGGAAGCAAACGUUGUCUGCCGGCAGCUGGGCUGCGGUUGGGCCAUGGAGGCCCCAGGCGAGGCCCACUUUGGGGAAGGUUCCGGGAAGAUCCUCCUGGACAACAUGCAGUGCAGGGGGCAUGAAGAGCACUUGGACGACUGCUCCCACGCUGGCUGGUUUGCCCACAACUGCGGGCACGGGGAGGAUGCUGGCGUGGUUUGUUCAGGUCCCCCUUUGGAAGUCAUGGUGGAGACAGAGGCUGCAGGUCGGCUGCUGAAAGCCUGGACGCAGGUUGUUUGGACCCUGGAGCCACAUCCUAGGGGCUGCCCAUUGGCUGGCCCUGCCCUUGCGCCCAGGUUUCAAGACUGCACCAAUGAGUAUUUUGAAAUCCUGGACGGCCCUCCAUCCUCAGCAAAGUCCCUGGGGAAGACCUGCUCUGGAACCUAUCUCACCUACUCGUCAUCCUCCAGCUCACUGACGCUCGUGUACCACCGAAGCUACAACAACAUAGGGAAAAACUUCACCGCGUAUUAUUACUCUGAAGCCAAAGUCCUGUCCCUGUGUAAUGGGGAGAAGAGAGCCUUACUUCUUCGGUUUGCUGUGAGCGUUCCCCGAAAAGAUGCAAGUAGAGCCCUCUGCACGGAGGCUAUGCUCACCCGGUCUCUGUCUGCAGGGGACUGGCCGGAGCUGCGGCUGGUGGGUGGCUCAGGACGGUGCUCAGGACGCGUGGAGGUCCUGCAUGAGGGGGCCUGGGGCACCGUGUGUGACGACCUGUGGGACCUGAAUGAAGCUGAGGUCGUGUGCCGGCAGCUGGGGUGCGGUCAGGCCAUGUCUGCCGUCGGGAAGGCCCACUUCGGCCUGGGCUCUGGAGACAUCUUCCUGGACAACAUGCAGUGUGCCGGGGCGGAGCGCUACCUGGGGCAGUGUGCCCACUCGGGCUGGUCGGAGCACAACUGCGGCCACCACGAGGAUGCUGGGGUCAUCUGCUCAGGUAGCCUCUCUUCCUCCCGCCAGUCACCACCCAAGUGCCUCAGGACCACCCUGCUAGAAUUCAGAUACUCUGGGACAGAGACUUCCACAGCGCUGCGGCUGGUGGGCGGCUCAGGACGGUGCUCAGGACGCGUGGAGGUCCUGCACGAGGGGGCCUGGGGCACCGUGUGCGACGACCUGUGGGACCUGAACGAAGCCGAGGUCGUGUGCCAGCAGCUGGGGUGCGGUCGGGCCGUGUCCGCCCUCGGGAAGGCCCACUUCGGCCCGGGCUCUGGAGACAUCUUCCUGGACAACCUGCAGUGCGCUGGGGCAGAGCGCCACCUGGGCCAGUGUGCCCACUCGGGCUGGUCAGAGCACAACUGUGGCCACCACGAGGACGCUGGGGUCAUCUGCUCAGAUUCAAAAGACCUGCCUCCUUCCACACCUCCAGAAGAAAGGAACUCUUGUGGAGGGGUCAUUUCUCGUCUCUCUGGCUCAUUUUCCAGUCCGCUGUAUCCGGAAAACUACCCAACAGACAUCCAGUGCGUGUGGGAAAUCCACGUGGAUAAGAAUUUCCGCAUAGAACUCAUGAUUCCAACUCUGAAACUGGAAGAUAUCCUUGGAUGCCCGUACGACUCAGUUGAAAUCUUCGAUGGCCCCAGGAUCGCCUCACUCUCCAUGGGGAAGUUCUGUGCCUCAGCGGCUGUGAUGUUUUUCUCCUCCUCUGACAUCCUGACUGUGGUGUUCCGAAGUGAUUCCAGGAUCACCAACACUGGCUUUUAUGCUCUGUUCAAUGCGAUACCCCAGGGCAGAAGAGAGUCAGAUGAGCCAGAGCUGCAGAUGGUGGGCAGUUCUGAAUGGUGCUCGGGACAUGUGGAAAUCCUGCACCAGGGAGCCUGGGGCACUGUGUGUGACGACCUGUGGGACCUGAACAAAGCCGGGGUCAUAUGCUGGCAGCUGGGGUGCGGUCGGGCCAUCACUGCCCCGGGAAAGGCCCACUUGGGCCCGGGCUCUGGAGACAUCCUCCUGGACGACCUGCAGAGUUCGGGGAGCAAGAGCCGCCUUAGCCAGUGCCCCAGUUCCGGCUGGGCAGACCCCAACUGCGGUCACCAUGAGGAUGCUGGCGUCGUCAGCCCAGCUACCUAGUCUUCUCCAACACCACAAGAUGGGGCACAGCCCCGCAGCUCAGGAGACUCUGCUUUCCCGUCCCCAGGUGAGUCCCUGAGGCUGGGGAAUGGCAGUCACAGAUGUGAGGGUCGGGUGGAGGUCUCCUACAAUGGCUCCUGGGGCACCGUGUGCGACGACAGCUGGGACCUGACGGACGCCAGGGUCGUGUGCCAGCAGCUUGGCUGCGGUGAGGCCUUGUCGGCCCCGAAGCAGAGCUACUUUGGUGGAGGCACCGGCCACAUCAUCCUGGACAACGUGCAGUGCGUGGGGAAUGAGGCCAAGGUGUGGCAGUGCCCCCACAGCGGCUGGUUCUCCCACAACUGCGGGCACCAUGAGGACGCAGGCGUCGUCUGCUCAGGCUCGACUGAUGACAGCUCCCCUACAGAUGAAAAUAUCCAUUGUGGCGGUUUGCUGACAAGUAAUUCAGGCUCAUUCUCCAGCCCCUGGUAUCCUAAAAAAUACCCCACAAAUGUGGUGUGUACCUGGGACAUACAAGUGGAUAGCAGGGCGCAUGUGAAACUUACCUUCGAAGUGAUAAAAUUGGAAAACUUCUACAACUGUCCGUAUGACUUCAUUGAAAUCUUUGAUGGCCCACAAAGUGAAUCUUUUUCGCUGGGGAGGUUCUGUUCCGGCACAACCCUAGUAUUUACCUCCUCGGCAAAUCGCCUGACCGUGGUCUUCCAGAGCGACGCCAUUGUCACCAAUGUUGGCUUUUCUGCAUCCUACGAGUCUCUCCUGCAAGAUGAGAACAACACUGUAGACGCGAUGCUCAGGCUGGCCGACGGCAGCCGGCCCUGCGAGGGCCGCGUGGAGCUGCACUUCAACGGCAGCUGGGGGACCGUGUGUGAUGACAGCUGGGACCUGCAGGACGCCGAGGUGGUGUGCCGGCAGCUGAGCUGCGGCGGAGCAGUGUCAGCCCCCGGGAGAGCGAGAUUCGGCCGAGGCCUGGGCCCCAUCGCCCUGGACGACAUGAGAUGUGUGGGGACUGAAGCCAGGCUGUGGCAGUGUCUGCAUAGCGGCUGGUUCUCCCACAACUGUGGCCACCAUGAGGAUGCUGGCGUCAUCUGCUCAGGUGGGCCUGAUGCUGGGGCCUGGGGUGGGCGAUAUAACAUUCCUCCUCAGGCCAUACACAUGGCUGCUGUUGAAGGAAGGGCUGAUGAAGUCCAGGUUCACCUAGAAAAUCCGCCUUUAGAAAGGGAGAGGAAAGAGGCUGUGAGAUGCAAGGAUGGCUUUGGCCUCUCUGCACGAGCCUUGAUGGGCGUCAUUGUUUGGAUUAUCCACCAAGGUCUGGGCCUGCGGCUGGCUGAUGGGUCAAGCCGGUGUGAGGGCCGAGUGGAAGUCUGCCAUGCCGACACCUGGGGCACCGUGUGUGACGACAGCUGGUCCAUCGAGGAUGCCCACGUGGUCUGCAGGCAGCUUGGCUGUGGCCGGGCCGUGUCUGCCCUCCCGGGGGCCAGAUUCAGCCCCGGGGCAGGCAGCAUUCUCUUGGACGAUGUCAACUGCACAGGCAGUGAGUCCUCCCUGGCACAGUGCCCUCACAGCGGCUGGUUCACCCACAACUGCGGGCACCAUGAAGACGCUGGUGUCGUCUGCUCAGAUUCAGCAGCUGCUGGGAAUCCAGACCUGCCCCUGCGCCUGGUGGGCGGGCGCGGCCGCUGCGAGGGCCGGGUGGAGGUCCGCCACGAGGGCGUGUGGGGCACGGUGUGCGACGACCACUGGAGCAUCAGGGACGCCCGCGUGGUGUGCCGCGUCCUGGGCUGCGGGCGCGCGCUGAGCGCCCUGGGGCGCGGCCGCUUCGGCCCGGGCUCUGGGCCCAUCCUGCUGGACGACGUGCGCUGUGCAGGCACCGAGGAUGCGCUGGAGCGCUGCGCCCACGCGGGCUGGGCGCGCCACGACUGCCAGCACUGGGAGGACGCGAGCGUGGUCUGCGCAGGUACCCGGGCUCCCCUGCCACGCCGGGCCCUCCCCGGGGUCUUCCUAAGGCUCCACCCUUUCUUUCCCCUCCAAGCAUCCCUAAGUUCACGUCCACUGCUGGCUAUGUUGUCCCCGUCCAGUGCUUCUGCACAGCUGACCUUUGCUUUUCUUUGUCCCCCUUCACCAGGUGCAGCUGACUCUGUGGUACCCAAGGACAACGCCCAGCUCUCCUGCUGGCCUCACCUUUUCCAAGUCGUCACUGACCGAGGCUACCUCCGGAGGCUGGGCUACUCGUCCUGGGACAUCCAUUUAAAUGAUAAGCUGUGUCGCCCCCGAGUCACAGGGCGCUACCUGAUCUUCAACGUUCCCUAUGGCCACUGUGGCACGGUCAGACAGCUCCCCCUGCAAGCCUCCUGUGCUGACCACAGUUCUAGGGCCAGAGGAGAUGGCAAGUCAGGAACCGCCUGCAGUGGUGGCAAGUCCCCAAGCACCUAUGGGGAAAGGCAGCGCUAUAAAAAGGGCCCCUUCUCAGCAAACUGGCUCCGAGUGGCGGGCACAAAGCAGAGGUCUUCGCUCCUGAAGAAAGCGCUGGGCAGGGAGCCAGGAGCACAGGCCAUCAACUCUCCCCUCUCCUCCCAGGAAAGCCGCGGCUCCCUCAGCUACUCCAACUCUGUCAGAGGCCGAACCAGGGGCCACCCGGGUCGAGUAGUCCUGCGGCACAGGGUGCCUCAGCUCAAGUUCACCUGCAGGGCGGAUGGCCCGUCAGCAGUGGAAGUCAUCCCUGGGGAGAACGCUGGCUACGAUGUGUCCAUAUCUUUCCUCGAGUUGCCCCUGUCCCAGCAUGGAGAGAACACGGGGCAACACUACGCCAGCCGAAGGAAAGAGGUCUUCCUCCAGGCCACACUCCACAGCCCCAACCCCAGUCUGCGGCUCUUUGUGGAUACCUGUGUGGCUUCUCCAGACCCCAGUGAUUUUACAACUGUCAAGUAUGAUUUGAUCAAGCAAGGGUGCAUCAAAGACAAUACUUAUAUCAACCUGCACUCCCAGCAAAAGAAUGUAGCCCAGUUCAAGUUCAACAUCUUCAGCAUUCUCACCAGCUAUGACGUGAUCUAUCUGCAGUGUAAGGUCACCAUCUGCAAAGUGGGGGACCACUCCUCCCGCUGCUCCCAGGGCUGUGCAGGGCAGAGUAAGAGGGCCACAGGCCCCAGGAAGGCCACAGAAGAGCAGAAUGAGCAUUUCCAAAUGGUGGGACCACUGGAGAUCCACAAAGGAACUGAUCAGAGAAAGACUCGUGGGUGAUUUCUCUGAGUUCCACAUCAACCUGUUAGAAAUUAGAAGCAAAUUCUAUUUCUGCUCAGCAAAGUAAUGUUGGAUAAAUCUGAGGUCGUCCUCAUAGAGACAGAUAAAAGGGCUAAAGAGGUUCUCUUCGAGGUUGAUUGCUAAGUAAAUCUUGUCUGACUACCAAAUUUCUAAGGCAAUUGCUGUCUUUGCAGCUAGGAGUCCUGCAUUUUAUAAUUCUUCACUAUCAAGAACUUGAUCACUGUCUUAAACUGUACAACAUGUCAUAAAGUUAUCUCUUGAUACCACACUGCACUUAAAGAUAUUUUUGGCUCCUUAAUGUUUAGAUGCUAGUAGGUGGAUCUUUUUGUUUCUGUCACUCUGGUUGUGUGAGAAUUUAUUUUCAGAUCUUGCCAA